GGUUGAACUGCAACAUUUUUAUAUGAGUCUGUGAUGGUUCUUUGAUAAACGUUCGAUUGUUUGUUCUUAUAAAAAUGUUUGAGGUGGAUGCGAUAUCCGCAGAUCACAAAGAUGUUAUUCAUGACGUUGUAUUUGACUAUUACGGACGUCGCAUGGCAACAUGUUCUAGUGAUCAAACGGUCAAAAUAUGGGAUGAGGAUGAACUAGGCAAGUUAACAGUUUCAAGCAGCUGGAAGGCACAUUCUGGUUCAAUUUGGCGCAUAUCAUGGGCUCAUCCGGAAUUUGGCCAAGUUUUGGCAACGUGUUCGUUUGACCGCACUGCUUCUGUUUGGGAAGAAGUUGCUGGUGAAAAAGUCGCAGCCACUAUGACUCCGGCUCGUAGAUGGGUUCGUCGAACAACGCUCGUUGACUCACGUACGAGCGUCACUGACGUAGAAUUCGCACCAAAAUACUUAGGCCUUUUAUUGGCAACGGUAUCCGCAGAUGGUAUAAUCCGAAUUUACGAAGCACCAGAUAUAAUGAACCUCUCACAGUGGCCUGUACAACACGAGAUAGCAAACAAAUUACCCCUGAGCUGUAUAUCGUGGAAUACUUCAGCAUACAUGUUAUCCUCGCACCUCAUAGCCGCCGGUAGUGAUGAUACUUCUAUGGAUACGGGUAAAGUCUUAAUCUUUGCAUAUAACGAAAGUGCCCGAAAAUGUGCGAAAGUUGAAACUAUAAACGAGAUAAAUGAACCUGUGACUGAUUUAGCUUUUGCCCCUGCUGCUGGUCGUCGAUUUCAUGUAUUAGCUGUUGCCAGUAGAGACCUUUAUAUUGUAAAUAUCCGUGGAAACAUGUCUAACAAUUCGUCUGGAAAUAUGAGUCUUGAUAUUCAAACCAUUCGGUUUAGCGAUCACAAUUGUCCAGUUUGGAGAGUAUGUUGGAAUAUGUUGGGAACAAUGCUUAUUUCCACCGGUGAUGAUGGAUGCGUUCGAAUAUGGCGAAUGAACUAUACACGAAAUUGGAAAUGCGCCGUAGUGUUAAAAGCUGAAGGAAGUUACCCUGCUUAUGAAUCAAGUCUCAACUCUCCUACAUUCACAGCCGCAGCUGCAGCUACUGCCAAAUACUAUAAAAAGGGAACAAUUAGCAAUCCAAACCAAGUUCCUUGGCACUAAUUUUCAUAUGUGUGCAGGUAUAUAUGGAUUCUUGUUCCCUUGUUUUUGAAAUUUAUAGAAUAUGUUUAAGGUGUUAGUGUAUUUCAUGAUAAAUAAGAAUAUUACAAUGCGAUAUAUCUACAUAUAUAACCGAACUGAAAUAUACCAAGCAAUUUUUAAA